GCCCAGCCGCCGCCGCGCAGCUCUCCCGCCCAGGUCGCGGGCGCCCAGCUGGAGCAGGAGGCGGCGCGGCUGCAGCGCCGCGGGAAGGGCCGCGCCGUUGCUUCACUGCAGCCGCGUCUCCGCUAGCCGGCCCCCCGCAGUCCUCGGGGCGCCGUGCGGCUCCAGACCGGGACCGAAGCUGCCGGCCGUCGCGGGUGGCCGGAUCUGCGUCCCGCCUCAGCGCUCGGAGGACAUGCGGAAGAGAGAAUGACCCAGAGGGACACGCUUGUGCAUCUGUUUGCCGGGGGAUGUGGUGGUACAGUGGGAGCUAUUCUGACAUGUCCAUUGGAAGUUGUAAAAACACGGCUGCAGUCAUCUUCUGUGACGCUUUAUAUCUCUGAAGUUCAGUUGAACACCAUGGCUGGAGCCAGUGUCAACCGUGUAGUGUCUCCUGGACCUCUCCACUGCCUAAAAGUGAUCUUGGAAAAAGAAGGGCCUCGUUCCUUGUUCAGAGGAUUAGGUCCCAAUUUAGUGGGGGUGGCUCCUUCCAGAGCAAUAUACUUUGCUGCUUACUCAAACUGCAAGGAAAAGCUGAACGGUGUAUUUGAUCCGGAUUCUACCCAGGUACACAUGAUUUCAGCUGCAAUGGCAGGUUUCACUGCAAUCACAGCGACCAACCCCAUUUGGCUUAUAAAGACUCGGUUACAGCUUGAUGCAAGGAACCGUGGAGAAAAGCGAAUGGGUGCUUUUGAAUGUAUUCGUAAAGUGUAUCAGACAGAUGGACUUAGAGGAUUUUAUAGGGGCAUGUCUGCUUCAUAUGCUGGCAUAUCAGAGACGGUUAUCCAUUUUGUUAUUUAUGAAAGUAUUAAGCAAAAACUACUGGAAUAUAAGAUUGCUUCUACAAUGGAAAAUGAUGAAGAGUCUGUGAAAGAAGCGUCCGAUUUUGUGGGAAUGAUGCUGGCUGCUGCCACCUCAAAAACUUGUGCCACAACUAUAGCCUAUCCACAUGAAGUUGUAAGAACAAGACUACGUGAAGAGGGAACAAAAUAUAGAUCUUUUUUUCAGACACUAUCUUUGGUUGUUCAAGAAGAAGGUUAUGGGUCUCUUUACCGUGGUCUAACAACUCAUCUGGUGAGACAGAUUCCAAACACAGCCAUUAUGAUGGCCACCUAUGAAUUGGUGGUCUACCUUCUCAAUGGAUAGCAACUUUAAGCUGCUGUACUAUGAAGAGGGAAGACCAAAAGAUUCCAGUGGACCAUGCAGUAUCGAAGCCAGCAUGGUGGACAGAAGUAAAACGUUUGGGAACAUGUAACUAUGCCUAAAUGGAAGUUUGGUUGUAGGAAUUAAAGUAAUCAUAACCACAUUACUUGGUCUUUUUCAGUAAUAUGAAGAAAAAAAAACCUAGGCUGCCUCUAAGAAAAAAGCCUUUAGAAGCACUCCUUUCUCCAAAUUGCCAUUUUCUCUACCAUGUCCACAGGACACAGUUGCAUUUUGUUGAUUUAUGGCAGAGUACAGUGUGUAUUCCAUGAGCACUUUUCCAGUCUUCUAAACAAAGCCAUCCCUGAUUGUAUAAAUAUUACAACUAUCCAAAGAUAGUAUUGACAGUCAUGUCUUACCUCUGGCUUCUGUGUAAUUCAUGUAAAAUUGUAAAAUAACAAGAACAAGUGAGAUUCUUAGUAUUACUUUUCCAUUUCCUUGAGAGGAUCUGGAAUAUUUUAAAAUUAAUUAUUUGGCAUUAAUAGUCACUAGUUUUGACAACUAAUGAAAUAAUGUCAAAAGAUCUUGCA